AUGGAAGAUGUCGAUACAAAUUUGUUGGCAGAAAAGAAUGAUAUUGAUCCUUUUCUUGAAAGUUUUGAGCUAAAAAUCCAAUUAACAACUGUAAAUGUAGUUGUUAUUGUGGCUGCUAUUGCUGCUCUCGCUGGUGAUGGUGAUGAUGAUAAUGAUGAUGGUAAUGGUGAUGAUGAUGAUGAAGAUGAAGAUGGUGGUCGGAAAAAUAAUGAUGUUGAUGUAGAUGAUCUUUCAAAAUGUGCAUAUUUCAAUUCAUCUUACAGGUGUCCGGUCAUGUUUUUUGAUAAUACAUUCUUGUGUAGUCCAUUUUUUGAUCAAUAUGGUAUACUUUGA